GUACCAGUUUCCACCACAAAAUGUUCCACAUGACUUCUUUACACUCACUCAUGUUGCUCCUUCUUGGAGUGGCGCUUCUUACUACCCCAGUCCUGGCUAAUUUCAACAUACCCAUUUAUGAGCCUCCCCCAAUUGGCAUACCACCCAUAACUGAACCUCCACCCAUCUAUCAACCUCCUCCAACUGAAAAACCACCCCCAUUAUAUAACCAUCCGUUCCUUCCUCCACCAUUCUUCCAUCCUCCAUAUGAGAAGCCACCAUACCAACCUCCUCAUGAAAAACCACCACCAGAGUACCAACCACCUCACGAGAAUCCACCACCAGUGUAUCAGCCUCCUUUCGUGAAACCACCUCCAGUGUAUGAACCUCCUCAAGUUAAGCCACCACCAGUGUAUCAACCCCCUUAUGUAAAGCCACCUCCAGUGUGUGAGCCUCCUCACGUAAAGCCACCAGUGUAUCAACCUCCUUAUGUAAAGCCACCACCAGUGUAUAAACCUCCUCACGAAAAGUCACCACCGGUGUAUCAACCUCCUCACGAGAAGCCACCGCCAGUGUAUCAGCCUCCUCACGAGAAGCCACCGCCAGUGUAUCAGCCUCCUUACCAAAAGCCACCACCGGUGUAUCAACCUCCCUACGUGAAGCCACCUCCAGUGUAUGAACCUCCUCAUGUGAAACCACCAAUAUAUCAACCUCCCUACGUGAAGCCACCACCGGUGUAUCAACCUCCUCACAAAAAGCCACCACCGGUGUAUCAACCUCCUCACAAAAAGCCACCACCGGUGUAUCAACCUCCUCANCUUCUCUUCUAA